CGCGAAGGCGGGAGCCUUGAGCUACUGCGGCGGUGAGGGACGUGCUGCAGUCCCCUGAUUUUUCUUGCCUGGGGCUUGCUUCUUUCGGAUCCUUGUAGGUACGUCCCUGGAAGACAACCUUCAGUAUUUUUCAGGUUACUACUGCUGAAUAUGAGGCGAUCUGCAGCACCAAGUCAGUUGCAGGGGAAACCCUUUAAAAAACCAAAAUUUAUACCGCCAGCAAGAAGUAAUUCAAGUCUGAAUGAAAAGAUUACAAAGCUGAAUCCAGAUACAAAAUUAUUUGAGAUCGCAGCAAAUAAAACUACUUUUCUCCAGUCACAAACUGAUCCCAGAAUAUGCAGUUUAAAUCUUCUACAUGCUGAAGAAAGUGCUAGAGAAAUUAAUCACAGGGAUAAUUACAAAGGAAAAUACUGUUUUGAAGCAUCUGCAAUGACAGCAUUAGACCUACAUCAUAUAGUUAAUUCAGCCCCUAAGGAAGUAGCAGUAUCUAAGGAACAAGAAGCAGUACCUGAUAGUCUAGUUAAAUAUUUCAGUGUUGUUUGGUGUAAGGCUUCAAAGAAAAAGCACAAAAAGUGGGAAGGUGAUGCUGUUCUUAUUGUCAAAGGAAAGUCAUUUCUAUUAAAGGACUUGGAAGGCAAAGACAUUGGAAAAGGCACUGGAUAUAAAUUCAAAGAGCUUGAAAAGAUUGAAGAGGGCCAAACAAUGAUGAUUGGUGGAAAAGAAAUAGAAGUCAUGGGUAUAAUCUCCCCAGAUGAUUUCAGCAGUGGCAAAUGUUUUCAGCUUGGAGGUGGAAGUCCUUCUAUAUCAAGUUCUUUUCAAGCUUCCAAGAAGUGUUUUUCUAACUCUUUAAAAAGUGUCUGUAAACCAAGUUCAAAGGAAAAUAGGCAGAGUAGUUUCCAAAACUGCAAACCACGCCAUGACCCAUAUGCACCAAAUUCUCUUGUUAUGCUACAACCAGACAAUAAUCAUCAGUGGAUGUUCAAUAGGAACUGUUUCCCAAUUGUGGAUGUAGUGAUAGAUCCUCAUCUCGUACGUCAUCUUCGACCACAUCAGAAAGAAGGAAUUGUGUUUCUUUAUGAAUGUGUGAUGGGAAUGAGAGUGAAUAACAGAUGUGGAGCUAUUCUUGCUGAUGAAAUGGGUUUAGGGAAAACAUUGCAAUGUAUUUCGCUCAUCUGGACUCUACAAUGUCAGGGACCCUAUGGAGGCAAGUCAGUAAUAAAGAAGACACUUAUUGUCACACCUGGAAGCUUGGUGAAUAAUUGGAGGAAAGAAUUUCAAAAAUGGUUAGGAAGUGAAAGGAUCAAGAUAUUUACUGUUGAUCAGGACCACAAAGUAGAUGAAUUCAUCAAAUCUCCAUUUUAUUCUGUUCUUAUCAUCAGUUAUGAAAUGUUACUUCGUUCCCUGGAUCAAAUUAAAAAUAUAAAAUUUGAUCUUCUAAUCUGUGAUGAAGGACAUCGUUUGAAGAACAGAGCCAUUAAGACAACUACAGCCCUCAGUAGCCUCUCUUGUGAGAAAAGAAUAAUUCUAACUGGUACUCCAGUUCAGAAUGAUCUGCAAGAAUUUUUUGCAUUAACUGAUUUUGUAAAUCCAGGAAUAUUAGGCUCUUUGUCAUCUUAUAGGAAAAUAUACGAAGAACCCAUCAUUAUUUCAAGACAAGCUUCUGCUUCUGAGGAAGAAAAGGAGUUAGGAGAUAGGAGAGCAGCUGAACUUACCUGCCGCACUGGACUCUUUUUCCUUAGAAGAACCCAAGAAGUCAUAAAUAAAUAUCUUCCACCUAAAAUAGAGAAUGUAGUCUUUUGCCGACCAGGGGCACUACAGAUUGAGCUUUAUCGAAAACUGUUGAAUUCUCACGCUGUCAGAUUCUGUCUUGAAGGUUUGUCGGAAAAUAGUCCUCAUCUAAUGUGUAUAGGAGCUCUUAAAAAACUGUGCAAUCACCCCUGCCUUUUGUUCAACUCUAUAAAGGAAAAAGAAUGUAGUUCAAUUUGGGAUGAAAAUGAAGAAAGGAGUCUAUAUGAAGGCUUGAUAAAUGUGUUCCCUGCUGACUACAACCCUCUCAUGUUUAGUGAGAAGGAGUCAGGAAAACUACAGGUGCUGACAAAGCUCUUAGCAGUUAUCCAAAGACUUCGUCCUACUGAAAAGGUGGUGUUGGUAUCCAAUUACACACAAACCUUGAAUAUUUUACAAGAAGUAUGCAAGUGGCAUGGAUAUGCUUAUACAAGACUUGAUGGACAAACACCAAUCUCUCAAAGGCAGCAAAUUGUUGAUUGCUUCAAUAGUAAAUAUUCUACUGAUUUUAUUUUUUUGUUGAGUUCAAAAGCUGGUGGUGUGGGACUUAACCUUAUUGGAGGAUCUCACUUAAUUCUCUAUGACAUUGAUUGGAAUCCAGCCACUGAUAUUCAGGCAAUGUCUCGAGUGUGGAGAGAUGGUCAGAAACAUCCUGUACAUAUUUACAGACUCCUUACCACAGGUACAAUAGAAGAAAAGAUCUAUCAAAGGCAGAUCAGUAAGCAGGGUCUUUCUGGGGUAGUUGUAGACCUCACCAGGACAUCUGAACAUAUUCAGUUUUCAGUAGAGGAACUUAAAAAUUUGUUCACAUUACAUGAAAAUUCACAUUGCGUUACUCAUGACCUGCUUGACUGUGAAUGUACAGGAGAACAAGAUCAUCCAGGUGAUUCAUUGGAAAAAUUCCCUAUCUCUAGAAAUUGUCAGCUUGGUCCACAACACCAGAAGUUUAACUCCCUGAAAUCUCUCUCCAUGUCACAGCUGAAACAAUGGAAACAUUUUUCUGGAGAUCGUUUAAAUCUUACAGAUCCUUUUCUUGAAAGAAUAAGAGAAAAUGUGUCAUUCGUUUUUCAGAAUAUAACCAAUCAAACUGUUCUAUAAUGAAAGAUUACUUCAUGAUAUUCCCUUGCUUCCCCUUUAAAAAAAUAACAUAGUUAUUGAAUGUAAUUUUUGAAAACUAAUAUAGUUAUUUAAACUAUAAUAAUAAAUUUUUUUGCAAAGUGUAUCACAGUUUUGAUACACAGUCAAAAGUGUUGGAGUUGUUUAAUUUUUUUGUAUGUAUUUUUAAAUGUUGAAACAUUAAAGACAUACUUCUAUCAU